AUGAGCAGCACGCUCAGCAGCGAUGCAACUGGGACCCCGGAUCUAGAAAGCAUCUACCAGCCCUUGAACCCUGCUCGACGUGAAAUUCGGGUCCUCUUCCUUCUACCUCCAUCAAAAAAGGCAUCAUCAGCUGCUGAGCCUGACAUCAUUGGGUUAUCGCUCAAUGACAAACAGACUACUCAGUAUUGCGACGAUGUGAACCUUGAUACCAACCAUAGCGAUGAAAAGGACUCGUCAAAUGAUAGAGCCAGUAGGGGAACUGGUAACGAUGACCACAACGACGAUGUCAACCCCACCUCCAAUCAUGAGUCUGAGGAUGAGGAUAAUUACCUCAGAUCUUCCGUCAUUACUCAAAACUCAAGCGAGCAUGGUGACGAUAGAGGCAAAAAAAACUCGGCAAACAAUGGCUCUGAGUCUGAGUCUGAGUCUGAAUAUGAUUAUGAUAGCCCCAUACGUGCCGUGCUCGCUACCACAUCGCUUCUUGCUAAGCCCAGGUACAUUGCGCUCUCCUACACGUGGGGUGACCCUUUCUAUGGCUAUCAGGCUUGGAACGAGAACGAGACAUAUAUCAUUCUCAAUGGCCAGCGUGUUCAGAUACAGCCAAAUCUUUACGACUUCCUACGCUGCUUCCGCCGCUAUCACGAUUCCUUAAGAGUACCUCUGAUGGAUAUUUCCCAGCUUAUCGAGAUAGUCGGAACCCCCCUGUGGAUCGACGCUCUGUGCAUUAACCAGAGAGACCUAGAGGAGCGAAGCAAUCAGGUACUCCUGAUGGGAGAGCUCUAUCGUGAAGCCGCUCUAGUAAUGUCAUGGCUAGGCGAAGACUCCCGCAUGUCUCGGGGGCUACAGGUUAUGGAAGAGCUUGGACGUCGUUUGGCCAUUAUUCAACAGAGGCUCUCAACUCAUGGUUCCCAGUAA